AUGACACAAGCCGCUCCAUUGCAUCAAAAUAAUGGCAUCCAUGAAACACAACUUACUUCUGAGAAUACCCUUCUGCAAAAGAUUCAACCUAGAGUCAAGUUCCUCACUUUCAAUACGUGGGGGUUGAAGUUUGUCUCGAAGCAUCGUAAGGAGAGACUAAGAGCCAUUGCAGAUAAACUUUCUGGGUCGAAAGUUGGGACCCCCAUUGAAGAAUUAAACGUUUUAAAUACUAACGAAAACGGCGAACAAGAUGAUGAGGAAUCUAUUGAUGAUUACGAUAUCGUCGCAUUGCAAGAAAUUUGGUGUAAAGAGGACUGGGAUUACAUUAAUCUACGUUGUAAAGAACGAUUUCCUUAUACCAGGAUAUUUUACUCCGGGAUAAUAACUGGUCCAGGCCUAGCCAUCUUAUCCAAGAUCCCUAUUGAAUCAACUUUCUUAUAUAGAUUCCCUAUCAAUGGUCGUCCUAGUGCAUUCUUUAGAGGUGACUGGUAUGUUGGUAAGUCUAUUGCAGUAACUCUCUUGAAACCUUUGACCAAAGAUACAUAUCCCAUUGCAAUUAUGAAUAGUCAUAUGCACGCCCCAUAUGCUAUGACAGGCGAUGCAGCUUAUGAAUGUCAUAGAUCAUGCCAAGCUUGGGAUUUUAGCAAACUGGCUAAUCUGUACAGAAAGGCCAAUUAUGCUGUUGUCAUUGUUGGUGAUUUGAAUUCAAGACCCGGUUCUUUACCACAUAAAUUUUUAACUGCAGAGACGGGUCUUGUGGAUUCCUGGUUACAACUUCAUGGAAAACAAGAUAUCGUUCAGAUCUCCAAGAUGAAUGCCGUAGACCAAUUGAAAAUCGGAUGUACGACAUGUGACUCCCAAUUGAACACUUGGAGAGCCCAAAGACAACCUGACGAAGCGAAAAGAUUGGAUUAUGCUUUAAUAGAUCCUACAAAAUUGAAUACCAUAAAUGCCGGUGCAAGAUUUACAGAAAGAUUAGAUAACAUUGGAAGUUUUUCGGAUCAUUUUGCUUACACUUGCACCUUAGAACUAUUACCUAGAAAAACUGGCGAAUCUGAAAACCUAGACGAGGAUGACACGCAACCAAGAAAGCUAUUAUUGGAAAGAUUCGCAUCCUAUGAAGAAAUGUUACGUUGUAUUAACAAAUACAUGAUAACUGCAAAGAAACAGAAAUUAUUCAGAGGUAUUCAUUUUAUCUUAUCCGUGUUAUGUAUAAUUGCUUGUCUUGUAGUUACAACAUUUACUUCCAAUAAAGCUGCUUGGUCCUCUAUAUUCUGGGUUCUAUUUGCAACCGUGGUCUCUGUUACUGGGCUGAUUGAUGGUAUGAUUUCCUUCUUCUUCGGGAGAAGUGAAAUUAGGGCAUUAUGGGAAGUAGAACAAGAAGUACAAGAUGCUGAACGUUACAUGCAGAUGGUUCUGGACAAACAGAAAUAG